AGAAGAAGAAGAAGAAGAAGAAGAGGAGGAGUUCGAAGAAGAAGAAGAAGAAGAAGAAGAAGAAGCAGCAGCAGCUCAACUAUUUCAUAGUUAAGCUGCUGUCCACACAGUAACACCACUUCUUUGAUAGAAAAACAGAGCUUUCCAUCUUCUGUGAUGCUCUGUCUAGAAUGAUGCUUGAGGAAUAGAUCCUCCAGGCUGCGGAGGAUCUAGGAGGAGGAAGGAGGUGCAUGUGCGUGUGUGUGUGUAAAAGCCGGAGGCGUAAGGUAGUACCGAUGGGUCCAAGGAGGAAGGCCUCUAAACUCCAGCCUGUUGGGGGCAGCGUUGGACGGGAACUGGUCCACUGUCCCUGUGAGACCAAGGACUACAUCAACGAGCUGUCCCAUGAAGUCCUCUGUCACAUAUUUAGAUACCUACCCAUGAAGGACAUCAUGUGUAUGGAGAGUCUGUCCAGAAAGCUACGAGAAGCUGUGACGUUGUACCUGCGAGUAGUAAAAGUAGUGGAUCUAUGUGCUGGUCAUUGGUGGGAAUAUAUGUCUUCAGGCUUUACAGACUGCAGCUUUCUUCUUCUCUUGAAGAAGAUACCAGAUUUGGAGCAGCUAUAUGGCCUACACCCUCGAUACCUGGAGAAGAGAAGAGUUCGAGGCUAUGAGGCUUUCAGUAUACCAGGAGUCCUGGAGGCACUACAAGCUUGUCCCAAUCUGCUGGGCGUGGAGACUUCCCACCUGGAACUCGUGGAAGCCAUAUGGAACUAUAUGCCCCAAGUUCACAUAUUGGGAAAGUUCCGCAACCGCAACGGGGCUUUUCCGAUUCCUGAUGAGAACAAACUGACCAUCCCCUUAACUGCAAAGAUUCAGACUCUACAUCUAGUGGGUGUUAAUGUCCCAGAGAUUCCUUGUGUUUCGAUGCUGCGCCACCUUUACCUGAAGUGGGUCCGUCUCACCAAACCACAGCCGUUCAAGGAUUUUCUGUGUGUGAGCCUCAGAACCUUUGUCAUGCGGAAUUGUGCAGGGCCAACCAACUCCCUAAAAUACGUUCCCUUGGUAACUGGUUUAGCAUCAGCCAGGAACCUGGAGCAGCUAGAGCUGGUGAGAGUUCCCUUUCUGGGAGGGCUGAUCCAACAUGUCGUGGAGGAUAGCUGGAGAUCAGGAGGAUUUCGGAACCUCCACACCAUCGUGUUUGGAGCCUGUAAGAAUGCUCUGGAGGUGGACUUAGGCUACCUCAUUAUCACUGCUGCUCGCAGGCUUCAUGAGCUGCGUAUCCAGCCUUCACUGACUAAAGAUGGAGUUUUCUCAGCUCUCAAAAUGGCUGAACUAGAGUUUCCGCAGUUUGAGACACUUCAUCUUGGAUACGUGGAUGAGUUCCUGCUUCAGUGUAAAAUGAGUCAUUCGGAGCUUGUGAAGUACGGUCUGGCUGAUGUCAUUGAAAACCCAGGCAUCAUUACUGAUAUUGGCAUAAAGGUUGUGAACGAGGUGUUCACUAAUAUUAAAUACCUCCUCAUCUACAACUGUCCUCACCUGCAUAAUCCUCACCACUGGAUCACAGAUCAGUCCAGAUGGAGCCGUCUCGUUGAUCUCACCCUUGUUCGCUGUCAUGCAAUCAAAUUGGAAUCCUUCUCCCAGUUCAUAGAGUUACUACCCAGUCUGGAGUUUAUCUGUCUAGACCAGAUGUUCAGAGAACCACCGAAGGGAUGUGCCAGAGUGGGCCUGAGUGCAGGAACUGGUAUUGGCGUGUCCUCUGCAUUGGUCAGCAACCAGAACUCCAGCAAUGACAAUGAGAACAACAACCACCACCACCACAAUAAUGAGGCCAACUUGCCCCCGGCCCCCCCACCGGUCAACAACAACCAAAGGCAGCAGCAGAACCAGCUUCAGCAGCAUAAUGCUCCGGUUGAAGUAAAUGGUAUGGAAGAUGAGGAAGAAGAAGAGGAAGAGGAGAUGAUCUUGGAGGAAGACAACAUGGAGGCUGAACCACCGAUAGAGGUGAAAGUAGAAGAAGGGGGGGUGAUAGUGGACGAGGCUGACGUAGCUCCAGGGAACAGUUUUCCUGCUGGAACACGGCAACCUCUUGAUGAAGAGCAAGCAGGUCCCAGUGGUUUAGUCCAGCAUUGCAGAACGACUGGUGCUGUUGUUCCAAAGCCCCAGCUGGUCAUCUCAGACUCCGACAGUGAGGAAGAGGAAGGUCUUGUUUCAAGGCUGAUGCCAGGUUCCUGUUUGCAGCAGCCAGCAUCCUUUACAGAAGGUAAAGGAAAGACUCCUCUGCGGCGAAGCAACAAUGUGUCUAUAUCAGUGUCUGUGGACAGGAAAAAGGUUCAUGUGUCAGACAGCAGCUGUGAGAAGAGCUGUCAGGUGACCAGUGAGCAGAUCAAGGCAGAUAUGAAGGCUGCAGCUGAUAACAGCAGGAGGACAAGCAGUAAGGGAAUCACUACAGAGUCCCGGGAGACCACUCCAAGGGCUGACAGUUGGACAGAACAGAGCUCUGGAAGUACUGGGGCAGCAGCAAGGACUGAGCUGAGGCAAGUGACUGAAUCUGUGGUCAGAAAUGGAGCUGGAGCGGCCACAUCCAGGCAGGUGGAUAGAUGUGGGAGGGUGGUUGUGGGGAUGAGCCAUAGAACAAUUACAACCACUGAAAACCCCUCUGGAGCACUGACCGGGAGCACAAGGGAUUCUGGGAUCCGACUGAGCUCUAGUUCUGCCAGUUUAGAGCCAAGAGGUGCUGCUGUAGACCACGCUUCUAGGAGACCAGCACUGGUUGGAAAGCGAGAAAGCCAACAUGUUCCUGAUACUGGUUCAGGUUCAAAACAUGCUCCUGCCAGAGACGAGGACUUUGUUCCUAGAAGACCUUUGACCCGUUCUUGCACACGUAUGUCCUCUGUACCCCUGGUACCUGAGACAGAUCUUUCAAGAGCCAGGCCUCGAAUUGCAGUGAGGAGGAAGCGAAUGGCUGACAAAUCAACCAGCACCUCAGACCCAGUCACUGAGGAUGACCAUGUACAGAUUUUAUCUCUGAGGAGCAAGAACCUGGUGGGCAUCACUCUAACCAACUGUGGAAUCACGGAACUGGUCCUCAAGGACUGCCCCAAGAUGAUGUUCAUUCAUGCCACCAGAUGUCGAGUGUUGAAGCAGCUGAGAGUAGAAAGUGCCCCCAUAGUGAACAGGUUUGACUAUGCUCAAUGUAAGAAGUUGGACAUGGAACAGGUCCUGGAUCAAAUUUUGAGAAUGCCUCCUGAGCGGAACCGCAUCAUCUAUAUGCGCCCUAUGCAUCGGAUUGACACAGUGGCAUUGGAGCGUCAGCUUUUCCAGGGACCAUAUCCCUACCACAUUGCCGUAGUGCACGAAUUCAGCAACCCUCCAAACAUAAGGAACAAGGUUCGCAUUCGCAGCUGGAUGGACACAAUAGCCAACAUCAGCCAAGAGUUAAUUAAGUAUGAGUUCUUCCCAGAGGCCACCAGGACAGAAGUAGAUGUCAAGAAGUAUCCCAGAUACCCUUGGGGCAGGGACAUCUAUACACUGGAGGGAAUUGUGGAUGGGGCUCCUUACAGCAUGAUAACUGACUUCCCCUGGCUCAGAACACUCAGAGCAGCUGAUCCCAACAGCUAUGCCCGCUAUGACUUUGAAGAUGAUGAAAGCACCACCAUCUAUGCCCCACGGCGAAAAGGCCAGCUGUCAGCUGACAUCUGCAUGGAGACCAUCGGGGAAGAGAUCUCAGAGCGCCGACAGAGCAAACAAGGAGUAUUUCAGAGAGUAGUGGUCCUCUUCCUUCAUCACUGUGAUACACCAGGAGAACCUGUGGAUGAUGAUUACAUCUAGACAAUAGACCACUCCUGUAUAGGAAAUUAGUGGGAUCCAUGCAAUGACAGUCGUGCUGCAGGCUAUGGCUUGAGCUCCAGACUGAGGAAAGAUUUGGUUUUGUGAAGACACAAUGUGAUCUGAAGAACACUGCUGUGUCCUUACAAACUGUAUCGAACAUGAUAACUUAGCUUCAUGGAUGAGGAGUAACUACAUUUGUAAUGCACUGGGUGUUGCUGGUAUCAAUCGCUUUUCAGCCAUUUCAGAGAAAUUGAUCAUCUAACUGUAUUAUGUCAUUAUUUGAAUAAAAACUGUGGCUUUCAAAAUGAGCCAGUUCUCCAAGAUAGUAUUGCUCCAAAUAAAGGCUUGACUCUUUGUGCUGUUCAGGCAUGAGCCCAGCUGUCAGCUCUUAUUUGUUUAUCAUGCUACCACGGAGAAGACUCACAGAGACGGGCUGCCUAUUUUGUUUCCACUCAUGACUGAUCGCCAGACACAAAUGUCAAACAAACCAUACUUUUUAAUUAAGUUUUCCUCAGAUUCUUUUCUGUCAACUAAGAUGUUGGUGGCUCUGUUUUGUUUUUAGACCAGCAAGAACAAAAAAAACAAGGGAUAUUCAGUCCAAAUGGAGCUGAGAAAUUAGAACAGUUGUGGGUGAACUUUUGACUUUUAAAUGAGUUUUCUUGCACGUUUGACCCAUUGGAUAGAGAUUAGGGAACUAGAUCUUAUAGCCAACUCCUGUCCAUUGGAAGUUAUGAAUCAGAUCUGCUCCAACAUGAAGCUCACAUUCUUAUUUGGCCAUGCAAACAUACCAUGUCUGACAUGUCUUUAGCACAUUGACAUGCUGAGUUUCCACUGACUCAGGCUAAAAGCAGUGGAUCAAUUCUUGACGUUGGAGUUGCUAUUUCAGCCUGCAAAUAUAAGAAUGAACACAUCUGAAUGUACCGUUAGCUUAUCUGUUCUAUAUUAUCAUCGACCCAGACCCUGUAACAAAAUGAGUUCUGAAGUUUGAAAUUGGAUUCCAAUUUUCGUUAUUUUAAUUGUUACUAUUUCACUAUUCAGACCGUUUGAUUUAAGCUAUAUACAUUAUUACAGAUUGUGAGGGUCCAUUUCCAGAAGAGUAAACAGAACAUGAACUGAAGCAUCAACCUGUUGGAAUGGGUUUGAAGGAUUAGUAGCCCAAAUGGGUUAGAUUACUUUUCUUCUGGCAUCAGAUGAACAUCUUUGUUGAAAACAUGAACAGAAAGUGCAGUGUACAGGUUAAAGUCUGUACUUCUUAGUGUAUUGACAAAUGUACAGAUGUCAUGGUUGAUGAUAUGCUUCCAUGGUGUUCAUAUGUUUAUAAAGGAAGAACAAGAUUAUUUCAGAUAAAUAAAAUAAAAUAACAGUAAAUAAC